GUUUUAAAAUCAGCAAUUAUGUAUCCAUAAAGAAAAGGCAUGGAAAAGAUCAAUUAAAGCAUGGCGGAAGAUAGUGACGGUAAUGAUAAUUUAACAGCAGUUGUUAUUUGUGAAGGAGAUUACCACGAUCCAACAUUUCCACAAAAAUUAAAUAAACUUGUAGCAUGCCUCAACAGCCUUAUUGAUGAGCAACCUAAAUCAAAACGUCUUAAAGUUAAUAAGGUUGAACCAUGGAAUUCGGUUCGGGUGACUUUGUCCAUUCCAAAGGAAGCGGCAUCAAAACUAAGACAACUUGCAGCCGAGGGCAAUAGUGCAUUAAGGGAACUGGGGAUACUUUCAGUUCAGUUAGAGGGUGAUACUGUGAUAUCUUUAAGAUUGAUUGAUCGAGAAAUUGUACUACGGACUUCAUCCGAUAAUACAGCAGCUGGUCAGCAAUCGUCGGAGGGUUUAGGAGAAUUAACGAGGAUUUUGACGCAAAAUAAACAGCAACAACAACCAAAUGCUUCAACAUCGUCGCAUUCUCUAGAUAAUCCAAUUCCAUCGACUUCAAAUUCAAUAUCAUCGAGUCUAUCACAACAACCAGCCUCAAAUUUACACAAUGGUCCCACAGAUAAGAAUUUGUUUAAAUCACCAAAUACUAUAUGUCCUAUGGAUGGAAAAUUGCCUGUUCAUGUGCUGCCAAAUGUUACAACGGAUACUGCGUGUGAAUUUCCAUUUGAGAGUAUGACACAGGCAAGAGUGAUACAAAGGCGAGAAAAUACUAUGGGAAUGAAUCAACAACAUAUUGGAAAUAGUCAACAUUUCAUAGCGCCUUCAAAUACUGUUGGUCAAUCACCGCCACCACCCUAUCCGAAUAAUAAUAGUAAUUUUAAUAGUAAUUUAAAUAGUAAAGCUUCAUCAUCAUCGCAAGCUUCUUCAUUAGGAACAUCACAAACCCAAUCUCAUCAUCCUCAACAGCAAAUGUCAAAUAAUAUAAAUAAUAAUAACAAUAAUAAUAAUAGUGUUAGUAGUGGUGGUGGUGCAAAUAAUAAUAUUGCCAUAUCGAGCCCUUUAUUAGUGAAUCUUUUACAAAAUGAAGUUGUUAACAAUAGUAGUUUAAAUAACGCAACCACUAUCCAAGCGUCUUCUGCGACGGUGACAAACCAACACACAAGCUUGGUAACAUCAAAUAGCUCUGUUCCAGAUUUGCAUCAUAUGCAGUCACAAUCAAACAUAGUGAAUAUUAAUAAGUGCGUAAAUGUAAAUAAGACUCAAUUACCUGUGCAACAAUCGAUCGUUCUUAAUUCGCAAGGAUCUACGCAAAUAUUAAAUCAUGCUGGAGCAUUAUCAAAUACUAAGACAUUAAUAAGUAAUAGUAACCAGCAACAUCAGCAUGUUAAUAAUGCCUCGACGACCAUUUUGAAUCCAUCAAUAUCAGUGCCUUCUCACAGUGUAAUUAAUAAUAAACUUCAACAACCGCAACAACAAUCAAUAGUAACACGUUUAAUUGGACCUUCAGUACAACAUCAGCAGCCGCAACAACUUCAGCAAAAUAUUCGCAAUAUAGUGCCGAUACACCAGCAUCAUCAAACAUUGAUUGCGAGACCUCCCCAUCUUCAGCAUGGUGGUCAAAUGCAUCAGUUUCGACAGCCAAUUCAACAGACAGUAGGAGGAAAUUUGCCGCAACAGAAUAUCCAAGCCCAAUAUAAUUCUAUGCCUUCUUCAUCAUCGUCUACAUCCUUACAAGCUGAAUCUUCCACAUCAAAUUUUUAUGAUCCAAUGAAGGUUUUAAAUAAACCAAUGGAUUCCGCAACAAAAAGUAGCUAUCAAGAGUUUGCUCGAUAUCAAAUGCAAUACAAUUUAAGUCAACAGCAGCAACAACAACAAAAUCAUAUUGAUGGAAUCCAAUCAGUGCCUCAACAAAAUGCAAAUUUACAACAAAUGCUCAUCAAAACUGAACCGAAGCAGUCACAACAACUUAAUAAUAGUAGUGGUAGUGAAACGCUCGGUUUGAAUUUGACAGAUUUACCUGAUCUCAAUUUAACAAAAAACGAACUAGACUCGCUGCUGCCGACAUUGAAUCCCAGCGAGUUAGAAUGUGCCCUCUUUGAUUCUAAAUUUGAUUCAUUAUUAGAAGGAAAGGAUCUGGAUUUAGAAUUUAGUUCACAAAAUAAUAAUAAUAAUGUUAAUAACAAUAAUAAUAGUAGUGGAAUUGCAAAAAAUGAGUCAACAACAACAAACACAACGUCAUUAAAUGUACCACCAACGAUUAAUCAGAAUGUUCAAUCGAAAGAAAAAUUUCCCAGUGAAGACAAGAAAAAACAACAAUUUCUGAUUAAUCCGUUAACGGGUGAUUUAGAGCCAAUGCCAAGUGAUCAGGAUAGUGAUCAUGGCUCAGAUAAUGACAGUGAAGAAUCAAAACGAAAGAAAAUAUUACUCAAGCAAUUCGGUGACAUGAUACAAUCUGAUAUGUCCAAUUCUCUCUAUUCUGAUGAUGAUGAAACUUCGUGCAGCACGGGAUUCUCAAAAGGCGCAAGUGAUUUGAGUGAUGGUGAAAAGUCAAAUUCAACUGAUAUUUUAAAUACAAAAAUUAAAAAGACUCGUAAAGAGAAGAUAGCUAAAGACGGAACUAUUAAGACAACGACGCGGAAACCGAAGAGUCUCAAACCACCGAAAGAAAAAGUUCCAAAAGUUAAACCAAAUUCAGCUAGUAAACCUAGGAAAAAUUCAACAAUUCCUCAAGUGACGACAGCAGAACAGCAAAUAUUGUCCGAAGGAGGCACUGAAAAGUCAGUCAAACUUGUUUUGAAACUUUCAAAAAUGGACCCCAAAAUGGAUCUCAGCAAACCAACAACGGUAUCGAAUUUUAAUGUUAAUAGUCAGUCGAUUAACAGUCAGCAAAUAAAUAAAGGUAACAUCCAGCUUGUUGCACAGUCAAAUCAGCAAGGAACUAACUUUCUAAUGUCGUCUCUCAAUACAAAUGGUAAUUCUAACAUAACAUUGCAUAAUAAUCAAAUAAUUGCGCCAACAUCUACAGCACCGACUACAAUCGGAACUAAUAAUCAACAAAUAUCUUUAAUUCAAACAUCAACAGGAAACACAAAUGAAGAGCUUCGUGUACCACCAUUGCAUAUAUCACUACGCGGACGAAAUUCUGUAGUGAUAAAUAGUCGAAAAGAUCGAAAAAAAUCCCAGGGCGGUGAAGAUACUGAUGAUGCUUCAAAAAAGUCCUUAAAGCGCUUAAAUUCACAAGAUCAUCAGAUUUCAAUGAUUGAGCAAAAAGAGAUUUUAGUUCUAAAUAAUCAUGAGAAACAGCAACAUCAGAUGCUAACAUCACAGGACAUUCCAUUGAGUGCUCGUAUAAAGAAUUUUUCGGAUCCUCAACAAUUAGUUAAUUCAUUAGCAAAUUAUAAUGUGACAAUAUCGGCCACAACGGGCAAUACACAAUCCCAUCUUGAGGUACACAAUAAAGAUAAUAUUAGAAUGACAUCAUGUGACAAAGUAAAUCAUCAACAGAACAAUACAGCAAAGUUAGUAUCAUCCAUAACUUCAGGAAAUAAAAAUUUCUCAGAUGUGUCAGUAUCGGCGGUGUCAAACAAUCCAUCAAACAAUACCAUAACGACACUCGUAUUCGGUGAUGGAUCAUCGAGAAAAAAUUUAAGUGAACUCACAAAUGGUCUUAUAAUGUCAGACGGAAAGAAGCGUCGAUUAAGUGGCACUACAAUCAAUGAGAUAAAACAUCAGAAUGAUGAGAUACAACAAAUUCACUUUACAACUCUAACUGGUACGAUCGGCUCAACUAAUGUUGGCACAUUACCACAACAUUCAAAUUUGUCAUCGUCAAAAAACUUGAAGGGCUUAAACUCCACCAUAAUUAGCAAUAAUAAUAGUGGAGUAGGUGGUGGGCAAAAUAAAUUAAAUCGACAAUUAUCGGCAAAAACAUCGUCAUUAUCAUCACAUCAAGUAAAAAUAAUUAAUUUAGUCGAUUUAAAUUCACUUACAACCUCUACUAUGAAUAAUAAUAAUAAUAAUGCUAAUAAUCUUAGUAAAACAUCAUUAUUAUCGAGUAGUCAAACUGGCGGAGUAAUGACAUCUUCAACACCUCAACUUCCACAAGAUAAUAGCGAUACAAUAAGUGAAGAAAAAUUUAAGCAAAAAUUUCUUGAGUCAGUGACACAACAUAUCACCGUUUCACAGCAUCAACAACAAAAAUCAAAUCUUUUAUCACAUACAUCAAUGAGUGCGAUGCAAACAUCAACAGCAAUGAGUGCAUCAAAAGACACCAUUCUCAAUCGUGAGGAUAAUUGUAGUAAAAAUAGCAUAAAAAUUACUAGCAUAAAUCCAGAUAGUAAAAGGAAUGAAAUUCAAACAAAAGAUAAUAAUCUCUCUAAAGAUCAACAGCAACAACAACGUAUUAAUGUUAUUAGUGCAAAUAAUAGUUCGAAUUUAAAUCCAUCAAAUGGUACAUCAUCAUCAUCAUUAUCAUCAACCGCACAUCAAGAAUCACCAAAUACUCAAACGCAAACUGGUGAGGAUAGUGGUAUUGAGUCUAUGGAUGCUUUAUCAGAGAAAAGUCCGCAUCAAACAAGUCAUAGUCCACCUGCGAGAGGGAUAAAAAGAUCAAUUAGCCCUAAAGAAGAUGAUCAUCCUGGUGAUGUAAAAUCGAAAGGAGAAAUAGGUGAGAUAGAGGCGGCGUUAGCAGAAAUGGAAGGUUCUGGUAUUGAUGAGCUUAUUAAGAACUGUGAUAGCAAGGAGAGGAUAAAUGGAGAUUAUUCUUUAAACGAGAAUAUCCUGAAUAUUGCAAGAGAUUUAAAUGAGAAAAGGGAAACAACAAAUGAUGAGUGUUGUAAUAAAAUAAUUAAGAUCAAAGAUGAAAAGGUCAUGGACGCGUCACUGAUGCUAAUAGAAGAUGAAACUAAUUUGAUGAAAAAUCGCCAUUUGAAUGUUAAAAAAGAGGACGAUGAUAAUGAUUUAGAGGCUAAAAAUCAUAAAAGUCAAUCAUUGGAGCCAAAACCAUUCAGAACUAAUCCUCCGCUAUAUACAUAUUCAGCAGCAGAUAAAGUACAAAGGGAUGUUACAGGAACUAAUUCAACAUCAUCAAAUGAAUUAGAUUCUCUAAUAAAAUCUGAAAAUAAAUCGGAUAUGCUUCAACAGCUUUCAAUUGAAAUACCACUCCAUGGCGACAGUGAUAAUCGUAUAAGAACGCGUGCAAGUAGUAAACUAGAAAGUCCAUUAGAGAUGAAUAGGCAAAGUCCACCCGAUACACCUGCAAGUGUUAAAUCAUCAACAAAAUUAACUGCAGAUCGUCUUAGUCCAAAGCAAAUUUUAUCAGGUAAAAAUAAGAGAAAACGCCAAGGUUCUGAAAGUUCUACACAGUCGUGUGUAAGUGAUGAUAUGAAUAGUCAACGGAAAAAAGCUAGAAAAUGUGCAAGUAAUGCCACAACUCAGGAUGAAAUCGACAAAAAUGCUAUGUUAAAUAAGUCGGGAAAGAAGCAAGAAAAUAUGAAGUUUAAUAGUGGAACGAACAAAAAAGACGAAGAGUCAUCAGACAGUGAUGAGCCUUUAAGCGAUAUGAUUGGCAAGUCAAGAAAUAGUCGCUUAAGCAAGAGUCAAACCACAUCACCGACUAUCGCUGAAGAAAAAGUGUUAAGAAAUCAUAAAGUUCUCACUGUCAAUACAAUGAGUAAUGCUUCAAAUGUAAAACCAGUCAAUACUUCGCCAACACCUUCAAUAACAAUAACGCAAGUUGUUCAAGGCAGUCUUAAUUCAUCGACUCAUAGUGGCGGCAAAAAUAGUACACCCGGCAAACAGCCAUCUGAAGAGAAGAUUGGCACAAGACGUAGUGUAAGAAUGACAACAUCUACACUUGCAUCAAAUAAGGCGAAUGUGAAGGCAAGUUCAUUGCAUAGUGGAUCGUCAUCAUUGGCAAUUAGCACGCAACAUGCUACAAACAAUAACAGCACAAAUGUUAAAAGUGAUCAAAAUGAGCCAAGACGGAAAACAAGAAGUGCUGGUUUAGAUAGUCAAUCAGAAGGUCGUCGAAGACGUGGAUCUCGCGAGAGCAGUAAGUGACCAAGAGUUGACUGCGAUUCAUCACUAAAUGGAAAUACCAAUGAGUCGCAGUGUCAAAGUUCCGCUGCAUCAUCAUCAUUAACAGCAGCAACGUCACAUGACGAUCAAGAAUCAUCAUAUUUAAAUGAAAGUCAUUUAUUAGAAAGUGAUUAUAGCUUAGAUGAAUUAUUUGUCUCAUCAGACGAUAGCAAUCUUGAAAUGUCUGUGGUAACAAUUUCUUUGUACUAAGAUAGAUAUGAUAAAUGCGUAUAUCUCCUCGUUAUGACCAGAACAUGUUCAAUUUGGGUGAAGCUAAACAUUUCGUUGUUCACUGUGAGUUGCUGUGAAGGAUUAGAAAAUACCUUUUUAUUUGGCUGCUAAAAGCUGACUACUUCCGCGUUUUGCAUUGGAAGUGAUGAUUGUGCGAGAUGGCGCUUACCUGAUAAUUAUGAUUUCUAAAGAAAAAAAAAACAAAAUAAUAUUUAAAAGAAAAAUCACACACAUAUUAAGUAACACAAAAGAAAGAGGAAAAGAAUGAGGAAAAAACAGAAAAAAAAUUAAAUUUAGCUAAUCAUAAGAAUCUGCUGUAAAAAGUGUCUUAUCGAAUGAAACAAGAUGAUGAAAUCCAAAAUAAUAAUUUGAUAAUUAACAUUGAGCAGAAAGUAAAUAAUAAUGAUCGAUACUAUUUUUCAUAUUGUGAAAGAAAAUUAAGAUAAUAUUCCGUACAAGAGUUAAAAAAACAAAAAUUUCACGUUCGAGUACUAAGCAUAAGGACAAAACAAUGACUUUCAUGCUUUCGCGUGGAAGUUAAGAAAAAAAUACACAAAAAAUCUUCAAAAUUCUGAUUUUCAUUUUUCAGUUCAUAAAAGAUAUUUUAAAAAAAAAAUAAUGAUGAUUUGCAAGCAAAGUUAUUUCAGUUCCAUCUUUUGCGCAAAAAAAAAUAAAAUAAACAAUGGACAAACAUCGUUGUAUUAAAGCAGAUUUUUCUCAUUGUUUCCAAUAAGUUCACCCAUCACCCCCUACUUCUUAUUAUAUAUAUUUCUUAGUUGGAAUGAUAUAAUGAAAUAAAAACAAAAAAAAAUUACAAAAAAAUUAAAAACCCUAUAUGCUGUUAAGGAAUUUAAAAGAAUAAAGCUCUUCAAUAAUAAAUUGAGAGGAUCGCGAAAUGUCUGAGCUUAUUAGAAGCGAUUCCUCAACAAAUUUUGUAAAUAAUUCGUUCAAUUUAGUUGUUUAGUAAUCCACAAGAAGAAAAAAUAUUAAUUUUACAUUAGAAUUUUUUUGAUAUCUAAAACAAAAAAAAAUAUGAAUGAAUAUAAUAAUAAUUAUAUUUUAAAAAAAAAAUUAGCCGAAUGAUAAACAAAAAUGAGAGAAAAAAAUAUGUUUCACAAUACAUACACACUUAAUGGGGGUCUAUUAACUUUUUUAAAAAUAUUUUAUUUCCCAAUUGAAAACUUUUUAUUUAAAAAGUCACAAACAAAUUUGAAUUUCACGAUACUAAGAAUCGGAGGUUGGCGUUGAUUGGAAUUUAUUGGAGUAAAUUAUUUAAAUUUUACUGGUUUUGCGUUAUUAAUUUGUCAACUUAUUAUUUCAAAUUCAAUCGAAAUCUAUGAAAUUGUUAAUUUUUUAAUAACAAGAAUUUAUAUGGUUUUCAAAAAAAUAAAAACUUAACCUUUAAAAGCAAUAAAAUUCGAUAAAUUUACAGAGCUAGUAACUUUCAAUCAACCCCAAUUCCGAGUUAACGACACAAAAUUAAAAACUAAUUCGACAAAGCUCUCCUCUAUAACUUGAAAUUGGCGUUCGUUUUUAGCUAAAAGAGAAAAAUUUUAAUUACAUUAUUUUUCUGUUGUAAAUAUUGAAAAGGAAAUAGUUAUUAGUAAUAUACAAAUAAUUAAUUGAUUUCUCUUUAAAUUAAAAGUUUUUCUUCAUUCAUGAAUGAGCAUAAAAAAAAGUAUUUAACAACCCAAUUGUGUGCGACUACAUAUUAUUUAAAAGCUAAUUUGAAAUUUAAGAAGUUUUUUUUGCACAUCUUAAAGAAGAAGAAAGAAAAAAAUUGCAAGAGGAAACGAACAAAUUUUUAUAACAAACUAAUUUAUGAUGUCUCUUUUUGAUAAAGAGGCUUGCGAUGAAUACUUUUCUUAAAUUGGAAUAUUAAUUGUGGUCAAUUCCUAAUUAUUUAUCAUCUGGAAAGUAACAUCAACUAGGAAAAUGAGAGAAUUUAUAAGGGAAAUCAGUUUUUUUUUCGUUUUUUCAUCAUUUCUUAAGUUUUGUUCAAUUUUUUUAGAUAAAAAUAUUUUCUAAUUGUUAAAAUUGAGAAUCUAAGAGUUUCUUGAGAUGUUGGCUGGAAUUUCUGAGUUAAAUUUGAUACAAAACUUGCUGAAUUCAACAUCCAGAGGCUUGAUUAUCAGUAAACACUAAGAUUUCGAUAAGAAGCUGAGUUGCUAAAUUCCAAAAAGACCGAAACUUGAUCAAUUUAAUUUGAUUGACAUCCAAAGGCAAAUCUUGUUGAAGCUAAAUAAUCAAAUAGCUGAAGAUUUUAUUUUUAAUUGAGGUUAUGUCAUAAAUAUGAAAAAAUUCUGUAUUUGCCGAGUUGUGCUACAUUAGUGCAUCAAAUAAGUAGACAGAUGUAACUGCUGUCCUCCAGUUUCUUCAAUAAGGAAGAAUCAAUCUUUAUCGCGGCAAAACAAGAGAUUUCUGAUCAGUUUGCUACUUAGUCAGUGAAGUCUUUGACUAACCUUAGCUAUCAGUCUUAAAUAGACAUUUUCGGGA